CCGGAAGAUCAGGCAGGACUCUCAACUGCACCUCUCCAUAACUACGACCACGACGACUGGGAUCAACUCGAACGGCGAUACUGGUACGAGUGAACCCUCGUAUCUUAUAAUUCUCGAUCACGCCGGCAUCACCGCCGUAUCUCACUCAUCGCAAUCGACUUGCCGGAGCUACAGAUCAUCCCUCCGUCUCUCCGCCACACCUCGAGAUACACCACACCACAUUACAUACCUACCGAACAACCAUAUACCUGAACCCCUCUUAACUUCUUCUGCCCUCUCCUUCUGUUCUUGCAAAGAUGCCUUGCCCGAUAAGCAUCACGAAAUUCGUCGGGACCAUAUCCCUUGGUCUUUUGACUGGAACGUCAUACACACUAACCACCAUCACCCUCCCUUCACUCGCACUCCUACCUUCGGCUUCCCUGGCCGCCCGAACCCUCUCGACCAUCCAGACUCAAUCUUCCCGACAGAUCCUCACCCUGGCCUCGGUCUCUUCGCUUUCCCUCAUCACGGCUUUCAGUCUGGCUUCCCCGCGCGGUCGACACCCUUACCUUUUGUGGACGGCCCUGGUGGCUUUCAUCGGUGGCCAGGGUGUCGAGUACUGGUACAAUGGCCUCUCCAGAUUCCCAAGUCUCGGGAGUGGCUCGUCUAGAUCAUCGUCAAACAGAAACAAGGGAACGACGAGCACUCGAGGAGGUAGCAGCAGUCCAGAGGGCGUCGGCUCCGACAGCGGCUCCUUUAUCCAAAUCGAGGCCUCGACGACCGAAGACCAGGUCAAUGGUGAAAAGGUCGAGAUGGAAAUGGCCCGGGAACGUAGGAUACAAAAGGUGAGGAGUUGGAUCGCCGGAGUCGGAUUCGCCAUGGGAGUGGUGGGCAUUUGGGGUGACGGUGCGUAAAGAAAGGUCACAGAGAACAGAGGAGACAAGAUCGAUUGCAGUCCCUUUGCAGCACUUGCCAUGGGUUUGCCCGGGAAAUGCCGUCUCACGGGGAUGAUUAAGGUCGAAACUCGCCCUGUGGUGCUAUCAAGUACAUGCGAAUAUCGACACUUAUACGAACACCACAACUACUACUACUAUUGCUAUUACAACAACCAACAACUACAACAAUCACAAUAACCUUGAGCGAUCGCGACUUCCCAAUAACAAAAAAAAGGACUCCUCACUGAUUUGCCUGUGUGUCAAAUGAUUACAACGACUCUUCUCGACUUCAAAACGAACAUCCUCUCUCUCACUCACCUUUUUUUUGCGGAGUAGCAUGAAAAUGUACCUAAUGGUGGGGAUAGGUAGUUACUUUUGAUUGGGAAAAAGAAAAAAUAACAAGUGCCUUUCAAGAUUCAUUCUAGACUGGGAUCGAGGAAUCCGUUCUUGUCAUGAUUUCCUGCAAUGUACAUGUACAUGGUUCACAUGAUUCCACAUUGUCGUUCCGGGGCAUGUAGGGUAACUCGUGGUAUCAUGGCCCCGGAGGAAAUGUGAGGUAUUUG